AAGCCUCAAGAAGAAAACUAAAAAGGAAAAAGAAAACGGACACACUGUUUCCUACUCAUCUUUUCUCCACCUCUCUCUCUUCUCUCCAAACUUCUCGAACCAACUCUCUGUAAUAACAACAAAAAGACCAAUAAAACAACCAAUCAAGAAGAUUGAUCUUGUUUCAGUUUAUUUGCUUCUUUGACUCGCUAGAUCAAUCACCACUAAAGAGUUUGUUUCAGAACAUGGAGGUAAAGAAACCCGAGUUCACGUUCGAAGACGAUGAAGACAGCAGUAAGUACGAGAACGACAGUGGCACUGAUCAAAGCGACGUCGGCGAUCUUCCUGGUGACGAUGACAAUGGCGAUGACACUUUCAUCUCCCAAAUUCAGUGGCCUCAGAGCUUUAGGGAGACGACUGAUUCUUACACGAUUGCUGCAUCACCAAUCUUCGGGUCUCUCAGGAGCAAUCCUAGUUUCUAUAGACAGAGCAGAAGUAAUCUUGAUGUUGAGUCAAAGGCUCCUUUGCUUCCUGAGAGAAAUGAAGAAUCCGACAAAGCCUCAGUUACACAAUCAGUUUGGUCUCAUAAAGGCUCAUUUGCGGAAGACUUGCCCAUUGGUGGCUAUGGCUGCAGCGUCACUCAAACCAUUUUCAAUGGGAUUAAUGUGAUGGCUGGAGUUGGACUUCUCUCAACACCUUACACAGUGAAAGAAGCUGGAUGGGCAAGUAUGGUGAUUCUUCUCUUAUUUGCUGUUAUAUGCUGUUACACUGCUACUUUAAUGAAAGAUUGUUUCGAGACCAAGCCUGGCAUUAUCACUUACCCUGACAUUGGAGAAGCUGCUUUUGGGAAGUAUGGUCGUAUUCUUAUCUGUGUGCUAUUGUACACUGAACUAUAUUCAUAUUGUGUUGAGUUCAUCAUCUUAGAGGGGGAUAACCUUACCGGGCUUUUCCCUGGUACAUCCAUCGAUUGGCUCGGGAUCAAGAUCGACUCUAUACAUUUGUUUGGAAUCAUAACUGCUCUCAUCAUUCUCCCAACUGUUUGGUUGAAAGAUCUUAGCAUCAUUUCCUACCUCUCAGCUGGUGGAGUUAUUGCAACUGUUUUGGUAGCAGUGAGCACGUUUUUCCUUGGGACAACGGGCGGAAUCGGGUUUAAUCACACUAGUAAUGCUGUGAAAUGGAAUGGGAUACCGUUUGCUAUUGGUAUCUAUGGAUUUUGUUAUUCAGGCCACUCUGUGUUCCCAAAUAUAUACCAAUCCAUGGCUGAUAAAACCAAGUUCAACAAGGCAGUGAUCACAUGUUUCAUUUUAUGUGUUUUGAUAUAUGGAGGAGUUGCAAUCAUGGGUUAUCUCAUGUUUGGUGAAGCCACCUUGUCUCAGAUUACACUAAACAUGCCAAAGGACUCAUUAUUUUCGAAAGUGGCUCAAUGGACAACCGUUGUGAGUCCGUUUACAAAAUACGCUCUCUUGAUGAAUCCACUAGCAAGGGGUAUAGAAGAGCUCUUACCUGAAAGAAUCGCAGAGAAUAUAUGGUGUUUUCUUCUUCUAAGAACAGCACUUGUUGCUUCUUCCGUUUGUUCUGCUUUCCUUAUCCCAUUUUUUGGUCUUGUGAUGGCUCUGAUAGGAUCUCUUCUCAGUAUUCUUGUGGCAAUAAUAAUGCCAGCUCUGUGCUUCAUAAGGAUAAUGGGCAACAAAGCUACAAGAACACAGAUGAUUCUGAGUUCGAUAAUUGUGGUGAUUGGGUUAGUAAGUGGGACCUUGGGGACGUACUCUUCAGUUUCAAAGAUCAUGAGGAACUAUUAAUGAUAACCCCCCCCCCCCCCCCAUUUUAAUGUUGAUGUUGAUGCUCUGAUAAUUUUUUUGAUUAAUAUUAGUUUUGACUUGGUGAUUAAUAAAGAUAGUGAAAGUUUGUCAUG